CGCCGUUGGGGCGGGGGAAGGGACAGGCCAGGAGCAGCCGACUGUCGGAAGAAACGACAGUCGCCACUCGACGCCUGCAUCGAACAGAAGGCAGCCUGUGCGCAGACGCGAGCCGCAUUUUUCGAGAGUGCAUCCGUUCCCCGGGACGAGAAUCGAAACUGGUUUCGAACGUGGAUCAUGAUCCCGGUGAAAUCGAUCGCAACGACGCGAUGAAAACCCAUCGAACCAUUGUUCGCGUUACCGUACACACGUCCUUUUAACCUUAAAACCGAAAAAGGAACGGUACACGUUUGUUUGGUGCUGUGACAGUGCGAUAUUUUCCUAUAGCUUCGAGGACUCGAGCCUAAUAAGACGCUCUUCUUAUCGAAUAAACGUGUCGAGGGGCCCGGUUCGACAAGCACCGAUUCGAAUGACGAUUCCGGUGUGUCAAGGUUCGAGGGGAAGGUGACGAGCAGGUUUCAGACGAGAAUCUUCAAGAUACCUCGAACGAAUCCGGCAAGAAACCUUGUCAACUAAAACGAACAUGCUCGUUAUAGACUAUCGUCAAAGGCAUCCUUGUUGGAGGAUGCUGCUUGCCAUCGUCAUUUUGUCCGGCCUCAUUAGGUAUAGCGAACCAAUGUCGACGAAAAGGUUAACAGACUCAUCAUCUUCAUCAUCAUCGUCGUCGUCGUCCACGUUAUCAAAUUCCGGCGAAUCGAGGUCACAGAAUCUUGGCUCGCCAAGCGAUCUAGCCUGGCAAGCUUGGCUCCUUCUAGAUCAUCAAACAGGAGGUCAUUCCAGCUUGGAUUCAGCCAGUUUCCUCAAACGGAUCACACCGAAGAGUGUGUUCAUCGCGCCAGAGCUGCCAGCUUUACCGCCCUGUGCUGACGGUUAUCGUGCAGAUACGAUGGGCAGGUGCGUGAAAAUCGUGAACAUCGAUCACGAGGCUCACCUUGGUUUCCUUCUUCAACGGCUGAACAAUCGAUACGGGAACCGAGGUGGCAGCUCCGAGGCGUUUAACAGUAAUAAAAAAAAGUCCAGCGGCCCGUUGCAGUUGAAUAUCCCUCUGUUUUCCAUGACCAGAGAAUCGAUAAACAGACCAAUCGUGGUUCCUUCCCAAAAGGACGUCAUCGUGGCUCUUCCCCAAAAGGAUGUAGAAGAGAAGAAAGUAGAAGAAGAGGUAGUAAAGAAAAUAGAAGAAGACAUAAUGGAAAACAUGGAGGAAGAGAUAAAGGAAGAGGAGCAACCGUUGGAAUCUCUGGUUAUGUAUUAUCAGACGAAGAACAACAACGAAGAACAGGAAAACGAGGACAAUGUUUCUCGUGAGAAUACUACCAUUUCUGACGAAUCUAUUAAUGAACCUCCCGACGAACUAUUUGAAGAGGAAGAUCAGAAUACUACUAUUCGUGAUCAGAAUACAACUAUCCACGAUCAGAGUACUACAAUCCACGAUCAAAGUACUACAAUCCACGAUCAGGCUAUUACAAUCCACGAUCAGGGUACUACAAUCCACGAUCAGGAUACUACAAUCCAUGACCAGGGUACUACAAUUCACAAUCAGGAUACUACAAUUCACGAUCAGGGUGCUACAAUUCACGAUCAGAGUACUACAAUUCAUGAUCAGAAUAUUUUCAUUUAUGAUCAAAGUACUACUGUUUAUGAUCAAAGUACUGCCAUCUAUGAUCAGAGUACUAAUACCCAUGACCAGAGUACUACCAUUCACGAUCAAAAUACUACUAUCUAUGAUCAAAAUACUACCAUCCAUGAUCAGAAUACUACCAUUCACGAUCAGAGCACUACGAGCAAUGACCAAAAUACUACCAUUUACGAUCGAAGUAUUACCAUCCAGGAUCAAACUACUAUGCGUUCCUCGUUAGAAAUCCCAUGAAAGAAAUAUGGAUUUGAUUGGUUAUUCGAAUGGACCGAAUAUGUACAAUCAUAAAAAUAGGAAUGCCUAUUGAUCAGAAGUCUUGCAUCUACAAAUAAGACCAUGUAGCGCUAUUUAUCGGUGUACAGUACUCCCGUACACUUGUACCGUCCUGUGAGAUUUAUGAGGCAUACAUAAAUACUACCAUCCAUGAUCAGAGUACAUACUACAUACUAUCCGUGAUCAAAACAAAAUUAGACGUUAUUCGAAUAAUAUUUUAAAUAAAAUUCUCGAAUAAUCUUAAUAAAUCGAAUAAAUGGAAGUCAAUAAUCUAUCGAUAUGCAUUGUCCGAAUAAUUUUUCUUUCUCAAUUAAAAAUUCAUCUGGUUUUCUAUCAUAUAUCUAUCAUUCAGAAUCAUUCAUCUCGCGCACAUAUAUAUGCAUACGUAAGUUGGAGUUACCUCAUCAAUCAAAAAUAUUAUUAAUUGUAAUGCUUUCUUAAAAUAAAAAAAAGUUAGAAAGCUCACAGAAAAAGAAACAAAUUUGCGAGAAGCAAAAUCGUUUUUAAAUUUUACGAUGUUAUUGGAAUAACGUUCAACUCUGCGAUAACUCUUUUAUACGAAAAUACGCGAUAGAAUGCAUGCAAUUACGGAAU